AUGCAUACCCCAAGAGCCAGAAGACACGAGCUCUGGAUUAAGACUUCCUGCACUCUGCGGGCGAGGUUGGUGCCUGUGCUCCGGUGCAAGACUGGGGGAGUAAGAGGACCCCCGGAGCAUCAGCUCCUCCUCGGGAACUCGGGGGCCAGACCUAGGUCCUCUCUCCACCCCCUUGACACUCGGGGAGCGACCCCUGGUCCACCAGGACCCGAGGAUGAGAGCCAGGGGCUGCCAUCGCUUCCCUCACCCCUGCACAGAACAGGGCGUCCGGAACCUUUGCUCGUCCCCAGGAUCCCCCGAGAGCAACACCCUCUGGCCAAAGCAGCUCUGGGCCUGCCCGGACCGCGCGCCAGCCUAAACACGCGUCCGCGCUGUGCGGGUGCGGACAAGGCUGCUGUCACCCUCCCGGUCCCCACCCGGGAGCUGGCGCAGGCAUUUGUCCGGAGACAAGCGCGAACGCUAGGCUGGGCGCCAGAUCCCGGCGCCCUAAAAAGGUCGGGCUGCUGCUACCGGACGUCACGCACUUACAGUUCGCGGCGGCGGAGUCUCCAGCACCUGGCUGGACACAAACCGGAACUCGCGCAACCCAGCCCGGGAAACUACAGGUCCCGGAACGCACCGCUCCGCGCGCAGGCGCAGCGGGCCCGGGAUGCCCGGGUGCAGCGCGCGAUCCGUGCGCAGGCGCAGUGGGCCUGUGCGACCGCCCCGGGUCUGCAGCGGUUCAGACUGCACGCGUGUGAAGUCCUCAGGGAGUCUCACUCAUCUCUAAACUGCUGGAGUCCAGGCCAGUAACCCACAUGGAAACACUGCCCAAUUGAAUUGGUGAAGGGAAGCAUCUCAUCUCAUAGUGCUGCAGUUUCCUCAUCUGUAAAUGGAGCCGCCUGACAAGAACAAAACCAUCUCCAAGAUACUUUCCGACUUGGACAUCCUAUGACAUCACAGACCCUGUGGUGCAAACGAUUUAUUUUCUUUUAAAUUGAGAGAGAAAAUUGUACACACAUGUCAUGUAUCGUACAAUGUUUAAAAGUAUAUGUACAUUGUGGAAUGACAAAAUCCAGGUAAUUAGCAUGCACAUUAUCUCACCUCAUGUAGUUAUCAUUUUUGUACUGAGAACAAACACUUAGAAUUCCCUCAGUAUUUUUCCAGAAUACAAUGCAUUGUUAUUAACUGUUGUCCCCAGGCUGUACAGUAGGUCCUCGAACUUAUUUCACCUAUCUAGCUGAAAUUGUGUGCCGUCAAUGCAGUCACUGUCCAGCUGUGCAUGUUGAACAUGACAUUGGCAACUUGACCUCUUCCUGUACCUUUAGUCUCUUCAAACAUAAAUGAAAAUAAGUGACUGUAAAGAGAAGAAAAGAAAAUCAAGGGAACAUAAGGUGGUUCAGAAAGCCAUGUCAACUUUUUGUUAUUUUUUUUCUUAAGUAAUGAGAACUUUUAAAAGUUUGUUUUCUGCGAAAUGUUGAGUGUUCAUUUAAAAAUGCAUUUCUGUUGCACAGGGCAUUUCCUGAGUCUUUGACUCUCUGGUAUGGUUCGUUGGCCCUCAUAGGGUUUGUUGUCUUCAGACUUAUGACACGUUAAACACCAGGGAAACCAGAAAUGGAAGGUCACCUCCUGGUUCUGCUUAUUGAUCACUUCAGACUCUGCAUUCAUAAAUAAAUAAAUACAUGUUGCUUUGUCAAUCCCAUCAGUAAGUGAUAGAUUCUGAACCUCAGCCUCUGAAUAAGAUAUCCAGGUUAUUUAUCAAUUGAAUUUAUCACAUCCAGACUAAUAUUUCAUGAGACCGAAGGUCGAGUGAUUUGUAACUGUCCUUUCUAGUCCCACCGCCACUGCCUGAGCCCUUUGCAUCCAAUUUGGCUUUAUUUCUACUAUUGACAUUGAUUUAGAUGACAUUUACAUUGCAUAGAAAAUGAAAGCGGUCUUCCUCACAGAGCAUCACUCCCACCAGCAGGCAUAAAUCACCGAGAUUGAAGUGUCCUCCAUCUCAGUUGACCACCACAUCAUCUCCAUGGACGUCUCAGCAUAGAGAGGAACUCCCUUUCUUUACACAAUAACAAUCUGGAUCUGCGUGGCGGCUGGACCACCUGGAUGUCAGGCUUGGCUUGGUCCCUUUCUUCCUCAUCUAGGAGACGUUCUGAACCCCGCUGCACCCACGUUCUCGUGGAUGGUGGCCUUUGAUUCCUCUAGAUGCAGAAUUUGACUCCUGUACUUUUCCUGCCAGUCUUCCACGAUGUACUGGUGGUAGGGGUCCUGGGAGUGCUCUCUCCGCUUGGACUUCACCGUGCUCACCAGGAUGGCUACGACGAUGAAGGAGAACAUUCCUAUCAUCACCAUGAGGUACAGGAUGACGUAGUAGAAGUUCUCAGCGUCCACCUGGGCCUGGAGCGCCUCCUGCUGCUCUGUCGUGUUCCUGCGCCAGUUGUCCAUGUAUGUAACGAAAAUCCUUCUGAAGACAUCUUCCAGGGUCUGAGUCAAAUUGAGUGAGGUAGGCAUGUUUCCCUUCUGCUGUCAUUUAAUUAAUAAAAUAGAUGAACAAGGUUAAGAAAACAGAUCCCUUUCAGCAUUUGGGAGGGGAG